UUUCUUUCUUCAAUUCAGACGUGGGCAGGAAUUAAAAUAAAAAUACAAAAACAUAUUCUAAGUGGAACAAAUUCAAUUCCACAGCCUGUCUUUGCCCUCUCGUCGGAGAUCAAACAACCAACUCCUCCCUCUCUCUCUCUCUCUCUCGCCGGAAUUAUGCUCUCCCACCGUUCCUUCUUCAACUUAACAAUGCUUCUUCUCUUCUUCCUCUCACUGCUUUUCACUUUUUCUUCCUCUGCUUUCAUUUCAGGACAUGCCUUUGAAUCCAACCCUUCAAUCGGUCGGAACCUCCUACAGGCUAAAAAAGCUUGUCCAGUGAACUUUGAAUUCUUGAACUACACAAUCAUCACAAGCAAGUGCAAGGGGCCUCGAUACCCUCCCAAGUUCUGUUGUUCAGCUUUGAAAGAAUUUGCUUGCCCUUAUGUCGAAGAUCUCAAUGAUUUAACAAAUGAUUGUGCUUCGACCAUGUUCAGUUACAUUAACUUGUAUGGAAAAUACCCUCCUGGUCUCUUCUCUAGCGAGUGCAAGGAGGGGAAGGAAGGUCUAGAGUGCCCUGCACUCCCACCCUCCACUUCAGCUGAUCUAAGUUGGGGCUCGAAAACAAGCUUACCAUCGUAUUCACUGAUUCUCUUGACUGGAUUCGUACUGCUUGUACGGCUAUUAUGAUAAGG